AGGGUGGCCAGGAGGAAAAGUGGACGCUGAGCUCCCACCCGUUCCAACGCGCCGCGCUUGGCGUCCAGGUUUCCAGUCGCUGAGCGCUCAGCAGGGGACUCCAGCGCUCCUGGCCUGCCCGCGCACGGCCGGGAUCCAGAGGACCCCAUCCCCCUGCUCAGCUUUGCACGAGCCCAGGUGCGUUCAGAGCUCGCUUCCGAGCGUCCUAAGGGCCCCCGGUGAGCGGUGGGCAGUCGAUUCAGCGCAGACCCCGCGGCUCCCGCCCAGGCGGCAAGCAGCCGCGCGCACCCGUCGAGCCUAGAGAAGCAGCCGGUGGGGGGUUGGGGAAGCAGCUCCUCCUUGCCCCAAGGAUGUCGAGUGACGGUGCCACAGACAAGAAUUUCUGCUACCUCAUUUCGUGCUUCAGGAACAGGUUGAAGAUGUACAUCACGGUGAACCCGGUGCUGGACUACCUGAGCUUUCUGUCCUUGGAAGAAAAGGACCAAAUUCGGCAGAAGGCCGGGGAACUCGGGAACUACCAGGCGGUGGAUCUCCUGCUAAGAAAGUUGGAGAACGGCAGGUGGCCCCAAGGCUGGGCCACGGAAUUUGUUAUGGCUCUUCAGCAUACUGGCAACAGUUUAGCUGCCCGCUACAUGGACCCCAAAGAUUUGCCCUCUCCGUCCAUGGAGAAUGCCCAUGACCAGUGCCUCCAUCUGUUGACUCUCCUUCAGCCUACGCUGGUGGAGAAGCUUCGGGUUAGAGAUGUCCUGGAUGAGUGUGUGGCAGAGGAUCUGCUGACCCCAGAAGACAGAAAUCGGGUUGAUGCUGCAGAAAAUGCUGGAAAUGAAGCAGGUGUAAGAGAACUACUGAGAAGGAUUGUGCAGAAAGAAAACUGGUUUUCUCCUUUUCUGACUAUUCUAAACCGAACUGGAAAUGAAGCACUGGUGGAAGAGUUAACAGGCUCCAAUCUAUCUGGAAGCAGUGCAGAAGCUGAGAAUUUAUCACAGGAAAAUGGUCCUGAAACUCAAGAACCACUUGUUUUAACCAUGGUUCAGCCAAGUCCAGAGAAAGAUUCUGAUACGUCAUUGGAAUCAUCUUUCACAGUUUCAGAAUCAGACACAAGUUUGGCAGAAGGAAGUGUCAGCUGCUUAGAUGAAAGUCUUGGACAUAACAGCAACAUGGGCAGUGAUUCAGGCACCAUGGGAAGUGAAUCAGAUGAAGACAAUAUGGAGAAAAGAGCAUCCCCUGAUCCAGAAUUGCAUCUCAGACCUUACCAAAUGGAAGUUGCCCAGCCAGCCUUGGAGGGGAAGAAUGUUAUUAUAUGUCUCCCUACAGGAAGUGGAAAAACCAGAGUAGCAGUUUACAUUGCCAAGGACCACUUGGACAGAAAGAAAAGAGCAUCUGAACCUGGAAAAGUUAUAGUCCUUGUCAAUAAGGUACCUUUAGUGGAACAGCUCUUCCGCAAAGAGUUCAGCCCAUUUUUGAAGAGGUUUUAUGCUAUUGAGAGAUUAAGUGGUGAUACUCAGUUGAAAAUAUCAUUUCCUACCGUUGUCAAAUCGAGUGAUAUAAUUAUCAGCACAGCUCAGAUUCUUGAGAACUCCAUUUUAAAUGCAGAAAAAGGAGAAGAUGCUGGUGUUCAGUUAUCAGACUUUUCCCUCAUAAUCAUUGAUGAAUGCCAUCACACAAAGAAAGAAGCUGUCUAUAAUAACAUCAUGAGACGUUAUUUAGUGCAGAAAUUAAAAAACAAUAAAGCCAAGAAAGAAAACAAACCAGUAACUCCCCUGCCUCAAAUAGUGGGUCUUACAGCUUCCCCUGGUGUUGGAGGAGCCACAAAGCAAGCCAAAGCUGAAGAACACAUUUUAAAAAUAUGUGCCAAUCUUGAUGCAUCUACCAUUAAAACUGUGAAAAUAAAUCUUGAUCAGCUCAGAGACCAAAUAAAGGAACCAUGCAAAAAAGUUGUAAUCACAGAUGACACCAGAGAAGAUCCAUUUAAAGACAAAGUUUUAGAAAUAAUGACAAGAAUUCAGAGUUUUUGCCAAAUGAGUCCAAUGCAUGAUUUUGGAACUCAACCUUAUGAACAAUGGGCCAUUAAAAUGGAAAAAAAAGCUUCAAAGGAAGGAAAUCGCAAAGACCGUGUUUGUGCAGAACAUUUGAGAAAGUACAAUGAGGCCCUUCAAAUCAAUGACACGAUCCGAAUGAUUGAUGCAUAUAAUCACCUUGAAAUUUUCUAUAAUGAUGAGAAAAGAAAGAAGUAUGCAGUUCAAGAAGAUAAUUGUGAUAAUAGUGAUAGUGACAGUGUUGGUGAUGGAAAUGAGGAUGAUCAAAAGAAACCUUUGAUACUGAGUGAGGCAGAUGUAUUUCUCAUGAAUUUAUUUUUUGAAAACCAGAGUAUGUUGAAAAAACUGGCUGAAAAUCCAGAUCAUGAAAAUGAAAAGCUGACCAAAUUAAGAAGCACUAUAAUGGAACAGUUUACAAAAUCUGAAGAACCAGCACGAGGUAUAAUUUUUACAAAAACACGACAAAGUGCAUAUGCACUGUCUCAGUGGAUUACUGAAAACAAGAAAUUUUCAGAAGUGGGAGUCAAAGCCCACCAUUUGAUUGGAGCUGGGCACACCAGUGAAUUCAAACCUAUGACACAGAAUGAACAAAGAGAUGUCAUUAGUAAAUUCCGCACAGGAAAAAUAAAUCUGCUUAUCGCUACCACAGUGGCAGAAGAAGGUCUGGAUAUCAAAGAAUGCAAUAUUGUUAUCCGGUAUGGUCUCGUCACUAAUGAAAUAGCCAUGGUGCAGGCCCGUGGUAGAGCCAGAGCUGAUGAGAGCACCUACGUACUGGUUGCCCCGAGUGGGUCAGGAGUUGUUGAACGUGAGACAGUUAAUAACUUCCGAGAGCAAAUGAUGUAUAAAGCCAUGGAUCGUGUUCAAAAUAUGAAACCAGAGGAGUAUACUCGUAAGAUUUUGGAGUUACAGAUGCAGAGUAUAAUGGAGAAGAAAAUGAAAAUCAGAAAAAAUAUUUCAAAACAAUAUAAGGGUAACCCAUCAUUAAUAAAAUUUCUCUGCAAAAACUGCAGUGUGCUUGCCUGCUCUGGGGAUGCUAUCCAUGUAAUUGAGAAGAUGCACCAUGUCAAUAUGACACAAGAAUUCAAGAACCUCUACACUGUCAUAGAAAACAAAGCACUAAAAGAAAAGUUUGCUGACUAUCAAACAAAUGGCGAGAUUAUUUGCAAACAGUGUGGCCAAGCUUGGGGAACGAUGAUGGUGCACAAAGGCUUAGAUUUGCCUUGUCUCAAGAUAAGGAAUUUUGUAGUAUUUUUCAAACAUGAUUUAUCAAAGAAACAAUACAAAAAAUGGGUAGAAUUACAUAUCCGAUUUCCUGAUCUCGACUAUUCAGAAUAUUGUUCAAUUAGUGAUGAGGAUUGACAUUUAAAUCAAAUCUCUCUUAAAACAUCAGAAAUUUAGCAUUUUUCAUGAUUUUGAUUAAUAUUCUCAUACUACAGAAUUUAUGUCAGAGUUAAUAAAAGUAUUGCAAUUCUCCCUUGAACUGUGUUGAGGAAGACAAUAUGUUAUCUUUUUGAUACCCAGCUUGUUAGUGGGAAAGAGUGAAAAGUCUACCAAUAAUAUUCAGUAGAGUGGAGCAUCAUAAUGCUUCAGAAGUAAUGGAGAAAAAAAGUUGAGUAUACAAAAGAAUCCCAGAUUCUAAUCUCAGUAUUAUCAUUCAUUUCACAAUAAUGCAAGUCCGUUCAUCUUUCUGAAUGAGCCUCUUACUACAUUAAAUGGUUAUAGUAUUAUGUACCUGCUUUUGUUUUUAUUAGUUUUUUGUUGCUAUUUAACAAAUGAUCACAAACUUUUUUUUUAAA